AUGGACACAAAACAAGAAAUUGAAAGAAGAGUAAAACAAAAGGUCCAUGAGGCUUGGAAUGAGUUUGAUGAAAUAGCAAAAAGAAUAAAUCAAACAGAUUAUAAUGGUCCAACUCUUUUAUUGACAAAUUACAGCACAAAUAAACAAAUGAUAAUAAUUAAAAGAGAAAAAGAUGAAAAGAGACGAAAAGAAAAGGAAAGAAAAAGAAAAAAAGAAAUUGAAAAGAGAAGAAAAGAAAAAGAAAGGAAAAGACAAAAAGAAAUUGAAAAAGGAAAUAGAAUGAUAUACACUGAAGAGAAAAUUCUUUUAAUGCUUAUACGAGGAGGUAUAAAAGAAUAUCUAAUCAAAUGA